AUGAGCACACAAACCACAACUGCGAAAAAUCUUUCUUUUGUCCUUGAAGGGGUCAGCCAGGUCAAGUUUGAAGAUCGACCCAUUCCAGAACUCAAGGAUCCUCAUGAUGUUUUAAUUAACGUGCGGUAUACUGGCAUUUGCGGUAGUGACGUUCAUUAUUGGGGGCAUGGCUCAAUUGGCGAUUUCGUCUUGAAGGACCCUAUGGUUCUUGGCCACGAAUCCUCUGGUGUCAUCAGCAAGGUUGGCUCUGAAGUCACAACGCUGAAAGUGGGUGACCGUGUUGCCAUGGAACCGGGUAUCCCAUGCCGCAGAUGUGACCCUUGCAAGGCUGGAAAAUACAACCUCUGUGUUGACAUGGCCUUUGCAGCUACCCCACCGAACGACGGCACGUUGGCUAAAUACUACGUGUUGCCAGAAGAUUUUUGUUAUAAGAUUCCCGAUGGUAUCUCAUUACAAGAGGCUGCAGUGGUUGAACCGCUUGCUGUCGCUGUGCACAUUGUUAAGCAGGCAGCCGUCAGUCCCGGGCAGUCCGUCGUGGUUUUUGGGGCUGGACCUGUGGGACUUCUGUGUUGUGCAGUUGCUAGAGCUUUCGGGGCUUCUACAGCUAUCGCCGUCGAUAUACAAGCCACAAGGCUAGACUUUGCCAAGGAAUAUGCUGCGACGGCUGUCUUCCGACCAGCCAAAACAUCACAUUCGGAGAAUGCGACCCGCCUAAAGGAGGAGAACGGCCUUGAUUUGGGUGCUGAUGUUGCAAUCGACGCCUCUGGUGCCGAGCCUGCGGUGCAUACGGGUAUCCACGUCCUCCGCGCUGGCGGUACCUAUGUACAAGGUGGAAUGGGCCGAAGUGAAACCUGUCUGCCCGUCAUGGUGGCUUGUACCAAAGAGGCGACUAUCAAAGGCAGCUUUCGCUAUGGCAGCGGAGACUAUAGACUUGCGGUUGAUCUUGUCGCCUCCGGUAGAGUCAAUGUGAAGCAACUAAUUACCGGGACAGUCACAUUCGAGAAUGCCGAACAAGCAUUCAAAGAAGUCCACGCUGGUAAGGGCAUCAAAACUCUUAUUGCGGGUGUCGAAGAAUAA